AUGGAUACGGAGAACAACACUUCAUCUUCCACCCCUUCACCUGAUGGAGGAUGGGAUUAUGAAGUUUUCUUGAGUUUCAGAGGUGCAGACACCCAUCAUACCUUCACUGACCACCUUUACAACGGCCUGUGGACGCUGGAAUUCACACGUUUAGAGAAAGGGAGUUACGAAGAGGCCUUCCAGAAACACGAAGAGAAAUAUAAAGAUGAUAUUGCUACUGUGGAGGGAUGGAAGAACUCCUUGAGGGAGGUUGCAGAAUUGAAGGGAUGGGAAGUGAAGAAUGUUGCUGAUCGAAUAAAUGAUGAAAUUGUUGGUGUUAAUUCCGAUGAUGUAAGGAUUGUGGGAAUCCAUGGCAUGGGAGGAAUCCGCAAGACCACUGUAGCCAAGGUCAUCUACGACAAACUCUCCAGACAAUUUCAAACCCGUUGCUUCCUUGAAGAUGUUAGAAAAACAGCACAACAGCACAAUGGUCUUGUUCAUUUGCAAAGCCAACUUAUAUCUAGCAUCUUAAAACAGGGACGCCCUGUCUUAAUCGGGUCUAUUGAUGACGGAAUUAUUGCAAUCAAACAUAGAUUUUCUGGGAAGAAAGUUCUUCUUGUCAUUGAUAAUGUCGAUCAUAUAGAUCAUCUUCGUGCAUUUGCCCUUUUGGGAAAGCGUGAUUGGUUUGGUUCAGGAAGUAGGAUAAUUAUCACAACUAGAGACCUAGAUAUUCUAAAACAGGCUGUGGUCAAUUCGACUUAUGAACCAAAGGAAUUGGAUGAUUAUCAAGCUCUUCAACUUUUCAGCAACAUUGAAAAAAAGGAAUGGGAAGAUAAAUUAAAGGAGUUGAAAAUAAUACCAAACGAAGAUGUGCAGAAGAAGCUGCAAACAAGUUACGACGCAUUGAAUGAUAUACAAAAACAGAUAUUUCUCGGUGUUGCCUGUCUUUUCAUUGGAGUGGAUACAAGAAUUGCUUCCCGCAUGUGGGAAAGUAAUAUUAAUAUUGGAGUUCUUUUGCGCCUGUUCGUUGGUAAAAAUUGGAGAUAA